UUUCAAGUUAAGUUUGUCUUGAAAUAUGAGUGAAAGUCCUAGUUCUAACAGCCAUACGAAGACGACAACAGAAAGUGCCACUUCGUCGUCUACUGAGAAUUUGGCCCAAGAUCGCUGGACGAACAACAUAAGCUACUCCCAGUUAGUCGCUUCAUCAUGUAUCAGCAUACUCCAGCUGUGGUGGCAUCCUUACAUCCACGACCUACAGAGGCUGUUGCCGUUCGUGCUGCUAUACAACGUGUUCAGUGUAGUGCUGGGUUAUCCCCUAUUGUACCUAGAGCUCGCUAUUGGAGCUGUUACCAAGCAGAGUGCGAUGAAAUGCUGGGAUAUGGCGCCGAUUGGGAGAGGUAUAGGUAUCUCCAUGCUGCUAUCCUGCGCUAUCACCGCACUAUCGCUAGGCGCGGUCUGCGCCUGGUGCUUGGCGCUACUGGUGCACUCGGCGCACGUGUUCCUGCCGUGGUUGCACUGCGCCGCCGGCUCCGCCCCCUGCGCCGCCCGCCACCGCCCCCUACCGCCCGGGGCGGACACGCCUGCGCAGAGCUUCGUACUUAACUUCGUGUUACACCUCAAGCGUGAUGGUCUACGUGGUGGGCUGGGCAGCAUAGUCCCCGAGCUGACGGUCUACCACGUCAUAUCCUGGAUGCUGGUAUACCUCGUCGCCUGCAAGCGGAUAUAUAGCUACUCCAAGAUGGUUCUCUUUAAGGAUGUAUUGGCGUUUUUCAUCGUGACGUGUUGUUGUGUGGGAGUGUUCAGACUGAAAGGCGCCGGCCGAAUGUUCGCCGAGUUCCGCUGGAGUGUGCUGUUUGACAGUUUUCAGUUCUGGCGCGAAGCUCUCGAGUUUUCUCUCGUGCAGCUCUCUGUAUCUCAGGGCACACUCAUCAUGCUAGGGGCCAUGGCCCCCCGGCAGCCCCUGGGGCGACCAGCGGCUCUUACAUUUCUGGCCUCUAAGCUGGUCUGUACAGGGGCCGCGCUAGUAUUGGGCGCGGCGCACGGCGCGCUGUAUUAUGACUAUGAUGCGGAACCUAAUGUCAUGAAAGGGGCGGCGUCAUCUCUAGUGCUGUGGGCGGAUCUGUCGGCGCGGUUGGGCGGGAGUCAGUUUUGGGCGGCGUUAAUAUUCCUCACGCUGUUCACACUGGCGGUGUCACACACCGCGCUGCUAGUCCAGACGCUAAUGUCAGCGCUGACGGGGUCUGGCGUGCGCCACAUCCGCUGGGCGCUGCUGGUGCUGCUGUGUGCGAUGUUCUGCUUCACCGGCAUCAUGACGCUCUGCACACAGGGUGGUAUUUACGUAAUGGACAUGCUAUGGUGGGCUACCCGCGCGCGGCCGCUACUAUCGGCGUGUGCGGCGGCGGUCGUGCCGCGCGCGUUCUGCGAGCGCGUGUACGAUGCGACAGGUGACCACCCGCCGCCCGUGGUCAGAGCUGCCUGGGUGAUGGCGCCGCCUGUGCUGCUGUUAUUCUUCAUAUCGAGCAUGUGGUCCGGCGAGGGGGCAGCGGGGGCGGCGGGCUGGUCUCUGGUCGGCGUGACGCUGCUGCCCGCCGCGGCGUUCGCGUUGCUAUACCUCGUGUUCAAGUGUAGAGUCAGGAACAUCGUGAGCGAGGAGAAAUGAAAUAUACUGUCUAUAAUUAUUGAUGAUUAUUGUA